AUGGAUGAUAUACUACGCCUUAUAAAUCAUUUACUUAAUACAAACUAUUCAAUCGAUAGAAUAGAUACAAUAAUUGAUCAGUUACAAAUUUCAAAAGAUUAUCUUUUACAAUUAAUAAACGAUGAUUCUUAUAAAGAUUAUUUUCAAUUAUUACGACCAUCAAAUAAUCGUAAUCAAACAUCAGAAAAAAUAGCUCUUACAUUAGAUCUCUUUUGCUGUACACAUUAUGCACAACAUUGUAAAAAUGAAUCAUGUCCGUUUUUACAUCUAUGUCCUUAUAAUGUGAGACCAAUUCAUACAAAAUGUACAAAUAAAACUUGUCCAUAUGAUCAUGAUGUUUUAAAAAGUGUUCAUAAUCGAAAAAUUAUUGAUGCUCGUGCCCUAUCUUUCAUACCAACACGUAUUCUACAUGAAGUAACUCGAGCAAGUGCUGAUCCACAUCGAUCGUUGUGGGUAUGUACUGAUCAUGGAAAGAAAGGUGGUUGUUCAAAAAAAUCUAAGUGUGAAAAAUUACAUUAUUGUUAUUAUGCUUUAACUGAUUCUUGUACAAAACCCCAUUGCCAACAUGUAAUUAAUGAUGCUUGUCUUGCAUAUUUUCGACAGAAAGAAUUAAUUGAACACGAAUAUGAAGAUAUUUUAGAUGCUUUUAGAAAAGUUCUUCGACAACGAAAACCAGAUUAUAUUAAUAAAGUUAAUACAUCUAAUCAAUCAUCUGCAAAUUCAAAAUUUGUUAUUUCAAAUGAUAACCAACGUAAAUCAACAACUAAUCCACAACGUAGUACACCGUCUUCGUCAAAACGUUCAACACCAAUGGCAUUAACAAGAGAAUUAUCAUCAUAUGAUGAUAUGUUCUCAUCUAAAUCUGAUAUUUCAUUACCAUCACCAUUACCUGAACAUGAUCAAGAUAUUUUUCUAUUAGGUGUUCAUGAUAAAGAUGAAUACGAAGAUGUUGAACGUUAUUUAUCCGAUGAACUAGGAUUUCCAAUUAAAUUAUUAAUAUCUAAAAAUAUCUACUCAAAAUAUAAGGAACAACAAAGUUCAAAUAUCCGUGCCAAACCUAUUUAUUAUUAUUGUCCAACUAAAAAUCCAGCUGAUAUUUUUCAAUUACUUCGUUGGCAAAAUGAAGGCAAAGAAUUAACUAAACCAUUGAUUGUUUAUGCCAGUGUACGUGAUGCACAUGAUGCAGCUACACAAAAUUUUGAAAAUAAUCAAUUUUGUAUAUUUCGCGUACAUCUUUUUCAUUCUGGUGUUAUCAAUGGAAAUUUAUUACCCGAAAAUCGUCUUGAAUUAAUUGAUCCAUUAACAAUGUGUUUUGAUCGUAUGUGGAUUUACGUAUACAAUCUUUAG